GUGAAUGGAACAAUGACGAAGGAUCCCAGGAGAGUUACAUCAAACUCUUCAAUAUUAGGGAAGAUCAGGACUUCGUCUGCAAAGCUAUAACUGGAGGAUCUUCUUUUGAGAAGGCAGUCGUGGCUAAUGCCUACAGUAAGUUUAUCUUAUUUAGAAUCGGUUUGUUCUUACCAACUUAAUAUGAGCUGUAUAUUGACCAAAGGUCUCAAAUGAUCAAUUACUAUAACCCAUAACCACAUAACCACCACCAGCAAUGAAAGUAAAGGGAGACGUAGAAGGGAUCAAGUAUGUGAACAAAGACACCACAGCCCCCACAGUCAUCGACAUUGACUUGAAGGGACUGAAACUAGACAUCAGGAUCACAGCAACAGCCGGGAGUGACACCUACAGAUCUUGGGAGACAUCUGAGAGCUACAAGUGGACUAAGACAGUUACCAGUGACAGUACUCACUACGCACUUGAACUUCAGAAGUUCACAGGAACAGUAACCACGAUGAACUUCGUAACAAGUCGUAUGACUCCAGCUGAUUAUAAACCAGCCAAAGAUCUGGGACACUCCAUCACAGAGGCACUGACAGUCAAAUUCUUCUCUGGCACAGUGACAGCUAAUGCUAUCGUGAAAAGCGGAGAAUCUGCAGCUCUGACCUGCAAGAUAAGUGGCGCAGACCUGACCCAGUUCCUGCACUGGACACCCGGGCACGAUACUAAUCUUAAUAAGGACGAGAAGUUGUCUGUUGUCACUACUUACGAUAAAACCACUGAUACAACAACCUCUGUCCUGACCACACCCUCUCAUCUUACCACAUCUUCCUCCUUCAUGUGCAAAGCUCUCGACUUCUCCGGGACUUCUAAAAUCUGGUACUUCGGUAAGUGCAGGCCAUUUGGUACUGUUCAUGUGAAGAUUUAUGUGCGCUAUUUUAGAUCAAACGAACGUUUUAUGGAGUUAUUAUUUCCGACAAUUCUUGCUUUUGUACCCAGAGGAACAUUUGUCUGAGUAAAGUUCAGCUGAAAUUUUGUUUAAAGCGUCAAUUAACCCUUAUCUACUUCCAGAAAAGAAGGCUUAUGGAACAAAAGCAGAAGCAGGAAAGUCAGCAACCCUAGUGUGUGCUAUUGUUGGUUCUCCUGUCGCACCUAUUGAGAUCUACUGGAUAGAUGGGGACAAUGCUAACACGAAGUACAAGAGUUCAGGUGAGUCCAACCUACUUUGUGUAAUUUUUAGUAAUAUAUAAUAUGUAUUACAUAUUACAUAAUGCAUAUUAUAAAGUAAGUAAUACAUAAUUAGAUAGCAGGUACAUUAUCUUAUUCCUCCGUCUCCCAUUCAAGGUUUAACGUUUGUGCCUUCUAUAUAUAACGUAACACCUCGACAAAGUUGUAAGCCCUGAAAUUUCAGCCGUGACUGCAGGACACAAAGUAACAGACUCUGCAUUCGACUCGGCGAAAGGAUACCUACUGUCUACCUUGAAGGUUGAUACGGUUGAUAAAG